GGUGGAACGUGAAAGAAGACCAUCAGGAAACCGAACAAUGAAGACUGUUACUGCUCUGCUUCUUCUUGUCAGUUUGGCUGUUGUUGCUAUUGAAGGGCAGCAUAUAAAAAGCCAGAGAUGUGUGUGUCUUGGUGCUGGACUCAACAUGGUGAAGCCAGCGCGGAUUGAGAAGAUUGAAAUUCUUCCUUCAAGUCCAUCCUGUGGACGUAUGGAAGUCAUUGCCACGCUGAAGAAUGGAGCUGGAAAACGAUGCUUAAAUCCAGAGUCCAAGUUUACUAAAAAGAUCAUUGAGAAGAUUGCAAAAAAUAACCGGAACGCUCGGUAAAAUGGAUGAAGUGGUUCAGCUGAAGUGUCAAGAUUGUGGCCAGUCUGGAGUUUAUUAAAAUAUGAGAUUUUUUAAUGUGUUACAAUAUAAUUUAUUAAAUGUGUUUUCCCGUUAGCUUCAUUUAUUUAUUCGGAUUGUCUCUGUUUAUUUAUUGUCUGAUCAAAAACUUCAAAUAAAACUUG